CCGGCCCGGGUGCGCCAGCGGCUUCCAAGCCUCGGGGCUUCCGGAGGGGCAGCGACAGAUAAGAGAGCGAAAGCCCAGAGCGGGAGGAGACUGACACUGGCCUGCGGUCACACAAGUGACAGAGCUAAGGAUGAAACCCCGACCUGCUUAACACCAACGCACAGGGUGAUGCUGUUGCUGCUAGUCCAGGGAACACACUCAGAGAACUACGGGUCUGCAGCGAUUCUCCCAGCAACCCCGGGUGGUAAAGAAGCAUCGCUAUCCUCGUCUCGCUGCGGAGGAAACAGGUUCAGAGUGCUGGAGCGUCCGAGAUCCCACAGUAGACUUCUGGGAUACGAACAUCUAAGUUUGUCUGGAAAGGGGAAACAUCCUGUAUGAGCACUCUCCCAGGGGCCAGGACAUCCUGCCAUUCAACCACUUUCAUAAUCCUCCAAGACCAGCGCGCUCCAGCCAUGGUGAGCGAGUCCCCGGGGCCCGGCGCCAGGGUCCCCUGGAGGCGAAGCGACGAGGCGCUGCGCGUGAACGUGGGCGGCGUGCGGCGGCGGCUCAGCGCGCGCGCCCUGGCGCGCUUUCCGGGCACGCGGCUGGGCCGCCUGCAGGCCGCGGCGUCCGAGGAGCAGGCGCGGCGCCUGUGCGACGACUACGACGCGACGGCACGCGAGUUUUACUUCGACCGGCACCCGGGCUUCUUCCUCGGGCUGCUGCACUUCUACCGCACCGGCCACCUGCACGUGCUCGACGAGCUGUGCGUCUUCGCCUUCGGUCAGGAGGCCGACUACUGGGGCCUGGGCGAGAGCGCGCUGGCCACGUGCUGCCGCGCGCGCUACCAGGAGCGGCGCGUGGCGCGGCCGCGCGCCUGGGACGAGGACAGCGAUGCGCCGAGCAGCGUGGACCCGAGCCCCGGCGAGAUCUCCGACGUGCAGCGCGAGCUGGCGCGCUACGGCGCGGCGCGUUGCGGCCGCUUGCGUCGCCGCCUCUGGCUUACCAUGGAGAACCCGGGCUACUCGUUGCCCAGCAAGCUCUUCAGCUGCGUCUCCAUCGGCGUGGUGCUCGCCUCCAUCGCCGCUAUGUGCAUCCACAGCCUGCCUGAGUACCAGGCCCGCGAAGCGGAGGCCGCCGCGGCUGCGGUGGCCGCGGGCCGCAGCCCGGAAGAGGUGCGCGACGACCCUGUGCUGCGGCGCUUGGAGUACUUCUGCAUCGCCUGGUUCAGCUUCGAGGUGUCGUCGCGCCUCCUGCUGGCGCCCAGCACGCGUAACUUCUUCUGCCACCCCCUCAACCUCAUCGACAUCGUGUCGGUGCUGCCUUUCUAUCUAACGCUGAUGGCUGGAGCGGCUCUUGGCGACCAGGGAGGCACGGGCGGCGAGGAGCUCGGCGACCUGGGCAAGGUGGUGCAGGUGUUCCGCCUCAUGCGCAUCUUCCGCGUGCUCAAGUUGGCGCGCCACUCCACGGGGCUGCGAUCGCUGGGCGCCACGCUCAAGCACAGCUACCGUGAGGUGGGCAUCUUACUGCUCUACCUGGCUGUGGGUGUGUCAGUGUUCUCCGGUGUGGCCUACACAGCUGAGAAGGAGGAGGACGUGGGCUUUGACACCAUUCCGGCCUGCUGGUGGUGGGGCACAGUGAGCAUGACCACGGUGGGCUACGGGGAUGUGGUGCCGGUGACGGUGGCUGGCAAGCUGGCAGCCUCGGGCUGUAUUCUAGGGGGCAUCCUGGUGGUAGCACUCCCCAUCACCAUCAUCUUCAACAAGUUCUCCCAUUUCUACCGGCGCCAGAAGGCUCUGGAAGCUGCUGUGCGCAACAGUGACCACCGGGAGUUUGAGGACUUGCUGAGCAGCGUUGAUGGGGUGUCAGAGGCGUCUCUGGAAACAUCCCGCGAGACCUCCCAGGAGGGAAGGUCUACAGACCUGGAGGCCCCGGACCCCAGUGGGCCUCCAAACUCUCAGAUUUCUUAAAACCAGGGCUCCAUAUCCCCUUUCCCACACGCCUACAGUCAGCUGCAGCGGAGCAGAAAUUCUUCCCCUGUGUAAGUUCUUCAUGGUCGCAUGACUGCUCUGAUCACUCAUGCUGGCCUGAGAAAUGACACCCAGAGGCCAAGUCCCUUCCUCCAAAGGCCCAGGGCAGGAUAGUGUUACCCUAGAUUGUGUGAGCCUGGAGGGUGACCCAGAGACCUUUAUAAACAAACCUCCAAGCCAUCCGGGAAGCAGCAUGAGCAAGAGGGAGAAAGUUGAAAGGAUGCUAACAGUUCCUGAGCACCUGCUGUCUAUUAGCCAGAUCCUAUUUGGUCCUAUGUUGCAGGAGAAGAAUUAUCCCCAUUUCACAGAGGAUCAAACUGAGGCUUGGUGAGGUGCACUGACUUGCCCAAAUGUCAUGCAACUAGAAGCGAUGGAGUCAGGUUUGGAAUGCGUGCCUGUUCGUCUGCCAAAACAAUGUUCCUCCCAAUCUGUCUUCUGCCCUCACAAAGUUCGCGUGGGGUUUUAGUGGGUUCAUGGAUCCCUGGGGUUGAUCCUUAGAGUUAGAAACCCUCUGUUAGAGCCAGGGAAAGGAUCAGAUGGGAUUUAGAUGUAGGAGCCCUAGACCUCAGCUGCGGUUCUUCCCCAGGAGCUUCCAACAGGAGUCAGCUCUCCAGGCUGAGGUCUGGGAGGGAGGAAGAGGGAGCUGCCUCCUUAGCUGACGUGCAAGAUUUGCUAAGCAGUAGUCCUGUGGCUGCCUCCCAGGGCUGGCUUGAGAUACAGAAAUAGGGGCCCUGGCCUGAGACCUGAAGUCUAGACCCAGCUAUGGGACCUGAUGUGUGAAACAAGUCCUUGCCCCAUCUCCAGAUUUCAGCCCAUCUGUCAAAUGACCACCGUCUGGGCCCAGAGGGAGAGGAAAGCCAAAUGGAGCAGAG